UGCUGCGGAAGUGGCCAUGCGCGUGACGCCACCGGCAGGGGGCGGGGCCUGGGCGGAGAGCGGUUCGCGCGCUUCGGGCCUAGUCCGGACUCGCCUCCGCCGCCGCCAUAUUCCCGUGGCGUCUGCCUCACUUUGUCCCUUCUCCGGGCGCGGGAUCGUCCUUCUGGAGCCAUGUCAGAAGGAGUGGACCUCAUCGAUAUCUAUGCCGACGAGGAGUUUAACCAGGACCCAGAGUUCAACAAUACAGAUCAGAUUGACCUGUAUGAUGACGUGCUGACGGCUACCUCACAGCCCUCAGAUGACAGAAGCAGCAGUACUGAGCCACCACCGCCUGUCCGCCAGGAGCCCUCUCCCAAGCCCAACAACAAGACCCCUGCGAUUCUGUACACAUACAGUGGCCUGCGCAGUAGGCGAGCAGCCGUCUAUGUGGGCAGCUUCUCUUGGUGGACCACAGACCAGCAGCUGAUCCAGGUUAUUCGCUCUAUAGGAGUCUACGAUGUGGUGGAGUUGAAAUUUGCAGAGAAUCGAGCAAAUGGCCAGUCUAAAGGGUAUGCUGAGGUGGUGGUAGCCUCUGAAAACUCCGUCCACAAAUUGCUGGAGCUCUUGCCAGGGAAAGUUCUCAAUGGGGAAAAAGUGGACGUGAGGCCGGCCACCCGGCAAAAUCUGUCACAGUUUGAGGCCCAGGCUCGGAAACGUGAGUGCGUCCGAGUCCCGAGAGGGGGAAUACCUCCACGGGCCCACUCCCGGGACUCUAGUGACUCUGCCGAUGGACGGGCCACACCCUCUGAGAACCUUGUCCCCUCAUCUGCCCGUGUGGAUAAGCCCCCCAGUGUGCUACCCUACUUCAAUCGCCCUCCUUCAGCCCUUCCCCUGAUGGGUCUGCCCCCACCCCCAAUCCCACCCCCACCGCCUCUCUCUUCAAGCUUUGGGGUCCCUCCUCCUCCUCCUGGCAUCCAUUACCAGCAUCUCAUGCCUCCCCCUCCUCGAUUACCUCCUCAUCUGACUGUGCCUCCCCCUGGAGCCAUCCCACCUGCCCUUCACCUCAAUCCAGCCUUCUUCCCCCCGCCAAAUGCCACAGUGGGGCCUCCACCGGAGACUUACAUGAAGGCCUCUACGCCUUAUAACCACCAUGGCAGCCGAGAUUCAGGCCCCCCGCCCUCUACAGUGAGUGAAGCUGAGUUUGAAGAGAUAAUGAAGCGAAACAGAGCAAUUUCCAGCAGUGCCAUUUCCAAAGCAGUGUCUGGAGCCAGUGCAGGGGAUUACAGUGAUGCAAUCGAGACACUGCUCACAGCCAUCGCGGUCAUCAAGCAGUCAAGGGUGGCCAAUGACGAGCGCUGCAGAGUCCUCAUCUCCUCACUCAAGGACUGUCUGCAUGGCAUCGAGGCCAAGUCCUACAGUGUGGGUGCCAGCAGCAGCUCCUCCAGGAAAAGACAUCGGUCCCGGGAGAGGUCGCCUAGCCGGUCCCGGGAAAGCAGCAGGAGGCACCGGGACCUGCUUCACAAUGAAGACCGGCACGACGACUACUUUCCAGAGAGGACCCGGGAACACGAGAGACACCGGGACAGAGAGCGGGACCGGCACCACUGAGCAGGCAUGUCGUAAGUGGCCAGAGGAGAAGGAGUCUGAUUGGAAGCGGAUGUUUUUAAUGGACUCGCAUCGUAUCUCCACCUUGAUCAGGACUAAAGGACGGAGGCUGCUCCACUCUCCCCUCCCUCGACUCCCCUAAUCCUGACACCCAGGGAACCCCUCUGCCCCACAGGUUUGAAGACGCUUGGUCCUUCGUGGCCCCAUGCCUCCUGUUGCCUAGGGAAGAACCUAAGCCCACAAGGCCAGGGGGCGGCAGACAGGAAGCAGGCUUGUGCUGGGCCCCGGAACCAGAGAAUGGUGCUUUGCCCGAAGAAACGUGCGUGUUUCUGGCUCCAGGCACAGACUGUUGAUGGGGGCGGAAAGACUUCUUUCCUGAGGAAACGGGUCCUCCUUGCAGAUCUCAGAGGUGAUGGCUGUGCCAAAAUCCACAGGCCCUGUCUUUAGCACUAGGUUUGAGGGGCGGAGAGUGCCCAAGCCCUUGCCGUGUACCAUUUGUUAAUGCCAUUCCCGUCCCCGCCCUUUGAGAAGGGACCAGGAGAAGAGAUGUCACCUAGUGACAAGCUCCUCUGGUCUCAGUUUCCCUUCACAGCCUGACGGUUCAUGUUCCUGACUGCUAGAGCCGUCUGGCUCCCCGCUGCCCUGUGUCCCUGGUCCUGCCCUUGGCGGAGAGGCCAUAAGGCCAGAAGCUGUGUGUGCGUGCAGUGGCCUCCCACAGUAACCAGCUCUGGGUUCCUGUCCCCAUGAAGUAUUGAGUCCCGCAGGCACCCUCCCCCAGGAAAGCUGCUUCCUUGUUUUAGAGGAAGUCACUGCUGCUGGGAGAUGGGGCUCUCUGCACCUGAGCAGUGAAGAAGCCCAGCCAAGUGGCAGAGGAAGAGUGGGGAGGGGGUAGCCUGGGCAGGACCGGCCAACUCCCGCUCUCCCUUAUUUGGACUCAUGUCUGCGUAGGCUGCGCACAUACCACACACAUCCCUCACUGCAACAAAGACGGAGUCAGGUUUGGUGUCCUUUGGCCUUCUGACUUGACUCCAAAGCGCCACUGUCCCUUGGGCCCUUCCCAACUCUGAGGAGGAUCGAGGGAGACACAGCCUCCUAAGGACUAGUACCCGAGCUGUUUUCCACCCAGGCAGAUGAAAUUGUUUUUCCGAAACACCUGAACUACCUUGUGGUUGUUGCUGAGGCAGCAGCGGCGGCAGCAGGGUCCUGGAGUCCCCAGGGCAAGGCCAUUCUGCAUGUGUCCCCACGACACAUGACACCAAGCAGGAGGCCAGGUGGGGCUGAGGUGCAGGGUCCCAGGGACCCUUCUGGUUUGGGCGAGAGGCCAAGUGGGACUGAACCCUCCCUCUGUUCCCAGCACGUUUCUUAAGUACCCCUCAGUCACUGGGAGCCCCAGGGUUGGAGGGGCGCGUUUCUUCAGGACAGGCUACAGACUGGCUCUUCCCUGCCCCCUAGUCCUGUCCCCUUCGGCCUCAGGUCUCAGACCGCGGCCCCACCCCCCUGGCCAAGUGGUAAGUGAUGUGCUCACUUAUCCUUGAGAGCAGCUCCAUGUGUCUUUUUAAAAUGUAGAGAAAACCAAGUAAGGGGAGUCUAGGGAAUACUAGAGAGUACCAGAAAAGCUGUUUACCUGGAGAAUUAUUUUCUCCCCAGUUUUUUGUUUUUACUCAAUGACACAAUUUUUAGUUUUACUUCCUGAUAGGAAAAGAACCCCAACCCCUAAGAAGGCCACGGCCCCAUCCCUAACCCUGUUGUCGGUGAUUUGUUUGUCUUUCUGAUAGGUUGAAAAUUGUGUAAUAAACUUGAUGACGCUGUCAA